AUGCCUGCGUGCUUUCGGCGAUCUCGACGAGGAGCUCUGAUAGCCCUUGUACUAUUCGUGUUUGCAGUACACGACCUGCUGUACCGUCUCGAUUCGAGAGCUCCGGAGCCCCCAGCUGCAGCCGCGAACAUUCCUCUGGGGCGUGUCUUUAUUGCCAGUAACCACUGGAACUCGGCUAAAAUUCUAAAGUCCCAUUGGUCUAAUUCGGUCCUGGAGCUUAUAGCAAAGAUCGGCCCUGAGAAUGUUUACUUUUCGUUGUACGAGAGUGGAAGUUGGGAUGACACAAAGGGGGAGCUUCGGCAGCUCGAUAGUCGACUUGAGGAAUUAGGGGUUGCGAGAACUAUCAGACUGGAUGAGACCACACAUUCCGACGAGAUAAGCAAGCCCCCCGAGGAUGAAUGGUGGAUAGAGACGAAGAGCGGGAAAAAAGAGCUGCGCAGAAUACCGUAUCUUGCUAGGCUGCGAAAUAUUGUGCUGGAACCACUGCUGUCACCGGAGGUGGUGAAUGCCACCCACUCCUUUGACAGGAUAUUAUUUCUAAACGAUGUUAUUUUCACGGUAAUUGAGCCAGAGGCCCUUUCUUUUUAA